GGAGGCCCCAGUUCAGUUCCCUCCCGACGGCCGGAGAACACACAGCUUGCGUACCCGCCCUUACAAAAACAAUCCCGCAUUGCCAUCGAUUUGUGUCUACGUCUCGAUUCACGUACGCCACCCCCUACCCCCUGUGACGUAGUGCCGUAGUGUUGUGUUAUCAGUUAUUGGAUUUUUGUUUUGUUAUGACAAGUUAAUUUUGCACCGAGCGUCGCUUGCGCACGCCGCCGUCUGGUCGAUGAGCAUUCCUGGUAUGAGCACAGACUGCGUAUGUGGUGUGGCGCAAUGGUUGCGUAAUUGGUCAUCAUGCGCCUCUUCCGAGGGCCGAAGCGCAGGGAAGUGACCGGGCAGCACGUGGCCACGGCGUCUCCGCGCCGAGACGUCGCCGCCGGCUCGCAGGCCCCACAUGACUACACGCUCGUCACCGCACUCCCCGCCAUGGUCAUGGAGGACGAUGUUAAGGAGAUGAAGAAAGUGUUUGCAACGUGGGGUCGUCGUAUGGGAAAAAAGUUAGACAUGCUAAAAAAAGUAGAAUCAAAAGAAACGUCCGAGGAUACGUCCAAAAAUGAAAACGAAAACUCUACGACGCCUAUUACGGGACAAUAUAAAAAGAAGCAAAACUGGAAAAUGGGCAGGAGCAGCUCCGACUCUGCCUCUCUUAAAAAAGAUAACGAUACGGAUUCUAUAAGAAGUGGUUCGAGAGAAAGAUCCCCGAGUCCUUUCAAAUCCUUUUUCCACAGAAUGGGAUCAACGGGCAUGCUGAAUUCAUCAAAAUCACAAUCCCUUAACAAUUCUAAAACAUCUGAAUCCUAUCCUGUAGCGAAUGGAGCGUCUUUAUAUCGCAGCUGCUCUACAUCACACUUAUCCACGUAUGUCAAGGCUGAUGAUCCUUCCGAUGAUAUUGAUUUGCAAAAUUCUGAAAAUAAAAUCUCUCCUACUAAACAAAAAACGAAUAAUAAUAUAGCUGAUGACAAUCUAGUUAGUUCGUCGGCAAAAGCAAUGAGUUGUGAUAAUAUUAACAAGCUUGACGGGCAACAAAAUACAGGCACGAGCAAAAAACCUAAUUUCCCAUAUGCGUUUUUAAGAUCUAAACUAUCUGUUUUACCAGAAGAAAACAGUAUGGCUUCUCAACAUAGGUCCAUAUCCAUGAGACAAAGUUUUUCAGAAAGAAUUGACCGAAAAUCUCCAAAGUUUUUGAGAGAACGAAGGUAUGUCACGAACUCUAGGUCAGAAGAGAGAUACCAAAGUAGCGAUAACAUAUCAAUUAACGAAGAGCAUAUUCAAAUCAAUACUGGUCUUCGAAGUAAUUGUGAGUUUGCCAGAAGUUCAGUUAGAAGCAUUAAUGAUGGUGACGAGCAUAUAAUGUUUCAACCUAGACCUAACCUAAACGUUGAAGAAGUUUCAAGACGGUCUUCAAUGAUAUCUCAAAGGCCACCUUUUGACUACGAUCCCAUGCUGAUUCCGAGAAAUAGAAAUAGUCUGCCAGUAUAUGACUAUUGCUCACUUCUUGGUUCCGUUCAGGAUUUAAAAACAGAUCUUGCUUCGUCUAAUCAAAGUAUCCAUCAAGAUGUUUUACAAGCACAUCGGCUUAGUAACUAUGUAAGUUCUAAUGAGUCUGGAUACGAUAGUGAUGGCAGACCAACUGAUGAACAUACAAAUCAUUCACCUCCAAGGUAUGUAAACAACAAUAUAAAUUCUAAUAAUUACCGAGAAAAUAAUCACAUGACAUUUUCAAGACAAUUGAGUCUCAAUCAUAAAAUAAAUGUAAGCAGAGUCCAAAUCCCAGCCAGAAGAAGUUCGACUCCUUGUGCAUUAUUUCCUAUUGAAAAAAGUUCUAAUAGCGAAUUAGAAAAUGGUAAUGAAGAAAACCUAAAAUUUAAGAACAAUGUUCAUCAACAACAUCUCGGGUUUGACUAUAAUGAUGCUAAGCCACCGCCUUUACCGAAAAAGAUGUUAAAACAAAAGAAUCCUUAUAUUUAUAAAACCAUGAAUCAAGAUGAGCGUAUGCAAACACGUAAAAAUAAAUUAUUAAAUUCACAAGUAACCGUUGAACAUUCAUCAACGCCUAAUUUAAAUCAUAGCAUGCUAAGUAUUUCUGACGAGAACGAUCACAAGCGACAGGAAACAGAUAUCCUCGGACGAGGACCUUGCACAAAAAGAUUCAGAAAAAUAAGGCUACUAAAAACCAGAUUAGACGAAAGUUUAGGGGUGUAUUUAGCACAGCAUAGAGUAGACUUUGACAAUAGCGGAUGUAACUAUGAAAUUCGAUACAUUGUAGUUAAACUAGAUUUCGAUGGCAUCGCUCACAGAGAUGGACGUCUAAGAAUAGGUGACGAAAUUGUGAAUGUAAAUGGCAAAGUUUUACGAGGCCUCUCUUCUCUAAGAGAUGUACAGCAUAUAGUAAAUUCUUGUUCUACAGAAGCAGCGGCUGUAGAAGAAAGUACACUUUUCCAAAGAUAUCAAGUUGAUCUUGUAAUGGCGCAUGAUGAAAUAACACCAAUCACGCUAAGUCGAAUUAUUAACAAUCAAAGUACCGAUACGAAACCGAUAGUAACAAAAUCAAAUGUACCGCCAGAUAUCAUUUCCCAAACCGUCGAUAUGCCACCUAAUAAAAUAAGUAUAGAAACACAUUAUGCUCAUGAAAAUCAUCAAACGCAACAAGCCAACAGUCGAGAAGAGAAAAAUCAAAAAUGUGAAGUCGGAGUGCAAGUUAACAAUAGUCUAUUGUUAUCAAAUCAAAAAAGUGACGACGAAAAGUUAUUAGAGCGUAAUAAUUUUACGCAGCCACAUUCUUCGUUGCAAAAUAUCACUAAUAUAGAAAUUUCUAUGCGAUCAUCACCAACUCCUAGACAUACAGGAAACAAUUAUAGGCCUAUAUCGCUUCAUUGUUCUCGGCCUCAACCUGUGAUUGGUUUAUCUGUCCACAAUGAAAACUCUUCAAACGAAAUCAAAGAAAAUUCUACACAUUAUAUUAAACACGUUCCAAGACUAUACCAAAACAGAUCUUUUGAAAGCAUUCCCGAUCAAUUAAGAUGUAGCAGUCGGAGCAGAUUCUUCAAUAGAGUUGGAUCUACACGAUCUUCUCAACACUAUACGCCGCAUGUGUCACGUUGUCAAGAUUAUAAUGGAUCUAAUGUACCCCAGCAUGAUAACUACCAAACGUCACAUAACACACUACAUAAAGCGGAAUUCUGGAAAGGUCCGGGACAAAAAAGCCUCGGAUUUAGUAUCGUUGGAGGGACUGAUUCGCCUAAAGGUCAGAUGGGAAUUUUCGUAAAAACGGUAUUCCCAAAUGGGCAGGCAGCUGAUAAGGGUACAAUAUUUGAAGGUGACGAAAUAUUAUCAGUUAAUAAUGUACCCACACGUGGUCUAAGUCAUGCUGGAGCCAUAUCGCUGUUUAAACAAGUCAAGGAAGGAAAAAUAGAAUUGACGCUUUCAAGAAGAAGAGCUCCUAGGUCAAGAUCUGUGGAACCUCUGGGAAAUUUUCGGAACGACAAUAAAAGAGAAUAACA